GGCGGGCUCAUGCCGCGGAUCCAAUAAGAAGCCUCGGUGGUGAUAGCGCUCUGCGAGACGGGGGAGUCAAGCGGGAUCCAAGAUGGCGGCGGCAGCCGCGGAGAGGUGACACAUACACCUCAGUUUUGGCAACUGCCCUAUAAAAGAAGCAAAAAACCAUUCUGACUGGCAAUUGGCAAGUCAAAGCAAUUGAGGAACGGUCCUCCGGCUACAGCAAAGAGUGACACAGUCCUUGCCUUCCAUGGGUGCCAAGCUUUAUAACGGAAAGUGGAACACUAAUCUGAAGGGACGGCAGGCCUGCACGGAACUAUUUUCCAAGGGGGCCCUUUCUGUGUGCUGUUUGUAUGCUUCCCUCAACGCCACUCAACCGCGCGCAGGCGCAGAAGGGAAGUAGGGGGGACAAAGGGACUGGUUCUUCUGCAGCUUUUCUCCCCCUGGGCGGUAUGUCUGCUCUGUGCGAUCCCCCAGGGGUGGCAGGGCAUCCGGGGUCCACCCCCAGCCCCAAACCAGCAGCUGCUUCUCCAUCGCUCAGUUCGCAAGAGCUGGCCCAGGAAAUCAAGGCCUUCCUUAGUGGUGUAGACCCUUUGCACGGCAACAAACUCACCCUGAAGGAGCAUGCCCGAUGCGCCAUCCUGCUGCUGCGCAGUCUGCCACCUGCUCGCAGUGCCGUCCUGGACCACCUCCGGGGUGUCUUUGAUGAGUACGUGUGCACCUACUUGCUGGACCUGGAGAGCAGCGAGGGUGGGCUGGGCUCCAUCCGCUCCCAGGGUCCCAACCUGGACGACGUGGUGCAAGAGAUCCAGGCCGUGCUGUCCGAGUUCGUCCGCAUGAACCCCAAGGCGUGGGCAGGCUUGGUCUCGGCCUGGUCCAUCGACCUGAUGGGACAGCUGAGCAGCAAGUAUGCUGGCCGGCAUGGCGUGCCCCACGCCAGCAGCCUCAACGAGCUGCUGCAGCUGUGGAUGUCCUGCAAGGCGACUCGGACGCUGAUGGAGAUCUACACGCAGUGCCUCUCCUCCAUGAUCAGCACCUGCCCGGACGCUUGCGUGGACGCCCUGCUGGACACCUCGGUCCAGCACUCUCCGCACUUCGACUGGGUGGUGGCCCACAUCGGCUCGUCCUUCCCCAACACGAUCAUCAACCGCGUGCUCUCCUGCGGGCUGAAGGACUUCUGCAUGCACGGCACGGCCUCGGCCGACCUCCUCCUCUUCCCUAGCGCUACAGCAGCAGACAAAAGGGUCCCCAAGAUCGCCUCGGUGGUGGGCAUCCUGGGCCACUUGGCCUCCCGCCACUCCGAGAGCAUCAAGCAAGAGCUGCUAAGGAUGUUCCAUGGGAGCCUGGGCCCCACGCGGGACCAGCAGCAGAAGGCCACUGUGCCCUUCUUGCUCCAGCUGGCCGUCAUGUCUCCCACUCUGCUGGGCACCAUCUCGGCCGAGCUGGUGGACUCCCUCAAGCCAGGCGUGCUCAACCAGCUGCACCAGCACUUCGCCUCGCUCCCUCGGGAGGACCUGGAGAACAUGGUCAGCAUCGUGGUGCACCUCAUCUGCCAGACGUCGGGAGGAGCUUACCGCACCCUGCAGUUCCUCAUCAACACAGCCAUGCCGGCUUCUGUCAUCACCACCCCAGGCCUGGCCGUCCACGACAGCGUGCGGGAGGCUUGCGACCGUGUCAUCCAGCUGCUGCUGCUCAACCUCCAGAAACUGGUGUACAACCGGGGCUCGGCCAGCUUGGCGGAGGCCCCUCCGCGGCCGGUGCCUUUCCUGGACGAGCUGAAGGGCCACGUGCGGGAGCUGUGCGUGGAGACGCUCCGGCUGGAGAGGAAGAGGUUCCUCUGGCAGCACCAGCUGCUGGUCCUCCUCUCCGUCUACUGCACCCCCAGCUGCGCCAGCGAGGCCCUCUUCUUUUUGCUGACGCUGGCCAAGAGCCAGGAGGAGCUCAGCCUGGCCACUCAGCUCUACGCCGUGCUCAGCUCUUGCAUGAGCGACCUGCUGCCGGCCACCGUGAAGAAGUGCGUGUGCCAGAUCCACGCUGGCGGCCUCUCGGAGCAGCACAUGGCUCAGCUCUUCCAGAACCUGGCCUUGAUCAUGCAGAGGGAGAGUGAGGGCCCCGCCUCCAUGGGCCACCAGCUGGGUGAGGCUGUCGCGGCGCACCUCUAUGACUUCGGGCAGCUCCUGCUGCACUGCAACCCGGAGGUGGCCCAGGUGGCGGCCUUGCUGCUCUCCGUCUGCCCCAUGCCAAAGGCCAUCCGGCCGGCUCACCUCCUUUUCCUCAUCCGCUCAGCCGUCCACCACUUCUUCCUAGUGCUGCGCUGCAAGUGCCCCACGGGCAUCAGCUACGGAAGCCGCCUCCUCUGCUGCCUCAGCGGGGCUUCGCCCACCGCUGGCAAGGCCAUACUUCAGUACCUGGUGGAGGGGGCCCUGCACCCAGGGAACGCCGAGCUCUUUGGUGGGCUGCCCGAGCCUCCUGCAGUCGGGAACGACCCUGCCGCCCUGGAAGGCACCAAGGUCUCCCUGCUGGAUAUCAACCGGCGAUUUAUGGCCGCGGUGAACUUCUCGGGGAGUGUGUGGUCUGUCUUCCAUGCCGGCGUGAUUGGGAGGGGCCUGAAGCCGCCCCACGCCCCCUACCAACGAGAGCCGGAGGAGGUCUCCCACAACGUCCAGACCUUCCUGGGGUUGCUGCUGCGGUGCUGCGGAACUGAGCGCUGCAGCCUGGAGCCCUCCCAGCACGCUGCCGUCAGCCCCGAGGCGGCGAAGACGGUGGCGGUGGUGCUGGUGGAGACCGUCUGCCCUGACAUCACCAACAGCGAGUUGGCGUGGCCUCCGGAGGAGCACACCCGCAACACAGUGGAGCGGGACAUCCAGAUCGGGAGGGCUUUCCGUGACAACCCCCUGCUCUUCCAGCUGCUUAGCCUGGUGGCGGCGGGGAGGCCGGCCCUCUGUUACUGCUCGGUGCUUCUCCGCGGCCUCCUGGCGACUCUGAUGGCGCACUGGGAGGCUUCGCGGGAGAACGACACCACCAGCUCCCCCUGGCACCUGCAGGCCUCCUGCGCCCUGGUGGCCUGCAUGGGCGAGGGCCACCUCCUCCCGCCCGUGCUCAGCAACAUGCAUGAGAUUUUUGACCAGCUGGCGCCCUUUGAGGUCCACCUCUUGCUCCUCAGCGUCUGGGACUACAUGCGCGACAACAGCCCGCUGCCGCAGAAGUUCACCUUCAACGCUGGCACAGGACUCUUCUUCCGGGACUUCAGCAGAGACACCGACAUUGGCAAAUACCUUUGCGUUCUGCACAGUGUCCUGCAUAAAAACAUUGACCGGCUGGGGCUGCUCUCGGGGCGCUUCCAGAUCUAGCGCCCCUUUUGGUGUUUUUGCCCUGUGGGAUUGGUCAGCCCGCCUGCCACUGUCAGGGGAGGGAACAUCCUGCCUUCCUGCCUUUUUAAAACACUGCUUUUGAUUGUAAGCAAAGGGAAAACUGUCAUAUGACUUGUCCAGGUGUGCAGUAGGUGGGGGUUGUCAUGAGAAAGAAGGAACAGAAGGUCCUUCUUUCCCAGGCCUCAUCUGUAUCCUCAGCUUCGAUGUGAUGCCACCCCAGCUGGUGUUGGCAGCUUAGUUUGCAGAAGGACCUACAAAGUGUGAGCUGAAAAUGCAGUUGUAAGCCAUGAGAUGUUGCUUCAAAAACACAACAUGCAGCAAGUAGAGAAGUUGCCAGGAUGACCUGGCACUUGAGAGGGUCAGAGGCCUCGGUUAAAGCCAGAUGGUACCAGUAUGGACACAGUCUUGUGUACUCUGCUGUGUGCCAUGUGAUAUGGCUGUCAGUGUCAGUUGACAUGGCCAUAUCCAGGUAGCCUGAGGGGAGAAUGCCUGAAGCUUUUGCAUUUCUCUAUCUUGUUUUUCCAGAUCUGUUAGCUCACUUCCUAUGGUCGUAUAUGGCUGGUUUCUCAAUGUCUUGCUAUGAUCUGGAAAUCUGUUAAGAUUCCCACGGAGGUUACAAUCGCUGAGCAGGUACACAUUCCUAAAUGCACAAGAAUGGGGAGGGGGCAAGGAGGGAAGAUUGGUGAAUAAAUUCUGGUGCAAACCGCCCCUCCCUGCAAACAAACCCAAACCCAUUUCCCCGUAAUAAAGGACAAAUAGAUUAAGCAAUAAUCACUCACUGGGCUACUCAGUUGGUGAGUGGGUAUAAGAAUGUGCAAAUAUUUCUAGUUACACAGAGCUGAUGAAAUGUCGCCCUCCUGAAGAGCUCUGCAUAACUUGGAAGACUCAUGUUUCUGGGUUAUGCAGAGCUCUUCUGUGGGCCCAAAAUGCAAAUGUUUCAACACGAGCAGGGCCCAGUCAGUACUGCCUUGCUUGACAUGAGAGUGUUUUCCCCAGACUGAUUCACUAAAGUAAGGAUUUGGGCAGGUGAAGCCAUUUGCCUGUUGGGCUGCUUCUUAGAGUGGCUCUGAGCUGGCCAUUGAUUGUCCCCUACUACAAUUCCUGUGAUGGGGGUUUGCCACAUGGGGUUGUAGCCAGCUAAGUCCUAUUCAUUGAAACUUUGAUUUCAGUGGGCCUUCUCUGAGUAGCACUUGGAUACAACACUUUGCAUAAACAGAUGUGGCCAGCUUAUCUUACAAAACUGAGGGCUCUUCUCCAGAAGGUUUCUGAUGCUGUUGUGUGGGAACAACUGACCAUAAUGCCAGAACUUGCCUAAACUUAUCCAUGCAUACUUGAGCACUGAUCUAUAUAGCCAGUCCAAAGAGAGAUGUCCCCCUAUUGGUACCAGAGCUCCGCUUGUGUGUGACAAGAGUCCUGCUUGACCUCCUUGUGCCUAAAUGCCGUCUGGGCAAUUACUACUUUCCUUUUCAGGGACGAUUCAAGUGCUACAAAGAGGUCAUGUGUAGCACGGGGUUCUUGCUGUCAGUCAUUUUCAGCAGGGCUGGAGGGUUGCUGGCCUUUCUGCUUUUGCAUCAUCACAGCCCAGUUGGGUGGUUUUUGUGGGAGGUGAUGGGUUAAACCGUUUUCUAAAUAAUAAAAAAGUGAAGAAGGAA